UGCUGCUACACUUUCAGUCGGUUUACUCACUCACACAGUUUAACGGUCAGAGAGCUGCUGAUGAAGAUGAAGGAGCUGCUCCUCUUCCUCUCCUGUGUCCUCUGUGUCUCUGCCUAUGGUCUGCACGGUGACGUUCACAUAAACGGCUGUUCAGACUUUGAUGCAGAGGACAUGUAUGGACUGGAUGGGGAGGAGGUUGCUUACGCAGACUUUAACAACCACACGGAAGUCUACAUUCUGCCUCCUUUUGCUGAUCCUAUGACUUACCCCGGAGCUUAUAAACAAGCUGUGACUGAGCUGAAGGUCUGCAGACACAACCUGAAGGCUCUUGGCGCGGUGAUGAAGGACUACCCUUCCAAUAACCAUGCUCCUUCAGCUGUGAUGAUCUACACCAGAGAUGAGGUGGAGUUUGGAGAGGAGAACACUCUGAUCUGUCAUGUGACUGGUUUCUAUCCUGCUCCUGUCAACGUCUCCUGGACCAAGAAUGGACAGAAGGUCACAGAAGGAUCCAGCACCAGCGUUCCCUAUCCCAAUAAAGAUGGACCCUUCACCCAAAUCUCCAGACUGCAGUUCACCGCACAGCUGGGAGACAUCUACAGCUGCACAGUGCAACAUCUGGCCCUGACUAAACCACUGACCAAGAUCUAUACAUGGUCGGGGGCAGGGAUAGGUCAGUAGGUAGUGUGGACGCCCCCACUGAACGGCCACCCUGAGGUACUCCUGAGGUACCGUCCCUGCACACUGCUCCCCGGGCGCCUGAUUCUUCUGCUGCCCUCUGUUACACUGAGUUAAAUGCAGAGAUAGUAAUUUCUCCCCAUGGAGAUCAAUAAGGUAUAAGUUAUUAUGUGUUUUGUCCUGCCUCCUUCUCCUCACCCCAACUGGUCACAGACGAACACUCUCCCCUGUGCCUCGUUCUGCUGGAUGUUUCCUCCUGUUCAAAGGGAGUUCCUCCUCUCCCCGACUCCAAAGUUCUUGCUAAAAGAGGGUCAGAUAAACUUUGUUAAUGUUUUAUUAUUAUAAUUUACCAUUACAAUAUAACUUGAGACAACUGGUGUCAUGAUUUUGUGCUGUUUAACCUUGAGCUGAAUACACAACAGCAUGACAGCCUUUGUUCUUACAGUAAAGGAGCCAUUGAAAAGCUAAAGUAGCUGUAUUAGACUAAUCAUACAAAUUUUUACAGACAUGCAUGAAUUUCAGUUUACAGACAAUCAUACGAAGUUACAUAAUUGGACCUUGUUACAUAUUUGGGUUGGGUAAAACUUUAAAUGAGACAGUGAGAGUGAGGAGGUCCGACAGAUAUUCGAGGAUGCAGCUGAUGCAACAUCAAUGAACUCUGUCAUUGGAUAUAUUGGAAAAUACAUGCACGAUAUCAUCACUAAAACCACCGUCUGCAAAUAUCCAAAUCAGAAACCCUGGUAGAUAAGGACAUUCCUGCUAAGCUCAAAGUGCAGACCUCUGGCUUUAACUCAGGGCAUUCUGAUGCAUAUAAAGCAGCCAGGUAUGACCUCUGAAAAGGGGCCACAGAGGACUACAGGGACAAAGUGG